UCUCCCCUUUCCCUCAUGCUCCCCCUCAACCACACAGACACUCCUCCUAUGAGCAUUUGUGAGGCAGCUCCUGUCCCUUAUGUCUCUUUGUGGGGAACAGAACAGACUUUCCAGAGGAUCACUGAAGACAAGACAGACCUCUAGGGACGACACCCCAGCUGCAGACCUCUAUGCAACCCUGGCCUCAACUACAGUGGAUGCCAGUAUGGGCACGGGGAGAGGAGACGCAGACCUACUCAAGCUGGAGUAAAACAUCCAGAGGUCCAAAACAAGAGGUGGAACUUAACAGCUGGACAACCCGAGAGGUCAAUUUUGAGUUGAAGACGACAUGAUCAGCAAAUCAAAAAUCAACAACGCUGGACUGGAUCGCUAAGCAAAAGGUGGAGUCUGAAUUUGAGCUUUCAGUUUCUCUUUAGAAAAGUUUUGUAAAAGAAGAAUCAACAAAGCACUCCGUAUCUUUUGCAGCUACUGAAGAUAAAAGCACCAUUUGAAAUACGUACAAAUGUGGGAAAGUGGAUAAUUUAGUUUUGUAUUUUUUAUUUUUAUCAGUCUCCAGAACCCUUUCCAAAUAGUCAUUUGUGGUAUGAAAUUGAGAUGCUCUUUAAAGAACAUCUUGCAAGGUCCCAACAGUGCUCUUAAUUCACCAGCCAGGCGUUUAUCUUAUUUCUCCAGCUCUUUCUGAGAGGGAGCAUUAAAGACUUCGUUGAUAGUGCUCUUGGGGAGCGGGUAAUAUUUCUUAUAUGAAGUCUUGAAACUUUACAGCUGUUGACUGGAAGGAAAGAGAAGUGCCACAUGCAUAAGAAAACGAUGUUAAGCUGUAUUUCAUGUGGGGAAAGUGUGUGUCUGGAUUAAUAUUACAGUCGAGCACUGAGGACUGCAGAAAUGUUCACAGGGUGUGGAGUCGUCAGUGGCCAGAAUCAGUACCUGAACAGAGAUGCUGUCAGGCCCCACCCAGGACUGGAGGCAAGUAGACCAAUCCAAAUGGGGAAUGGGGUAACCCCAGGGACAUGCCCUGUUUAUCAGGGUCAAACUUACAACAAUGCGGGCCAGUCAGCAGUGGUCAACAAUGUUUCCAGCCCACUGAAAACAGCACCACUACCAGUGCCUCUUUCUGCACUCAAACUAGGACAGGAAGGGUUCAAAAAAGUGUGUCGAACUGAGGAGGACAGUCCCUGUCCCUUCCCAGGACUAGCUUCUGGGGUGCUGGAGAUGCGCGUGAAGGAGGGAAGCAAGAUCCGCAACUUAAUGGGAUUUGCUAUGGCACGGAUGCAAGGAGAGCAGGGUGUAAGUGGGGGAGGUUUGAGCGAUGGUGGGCUCAGGCAAGUGGUCUUCACUGGGUCAGGUCGUGCAGUUACUAAGACCAUCACCUGUGCUGAGAUCAUGAAACGAAAAGUGGGCUGUCUGCAUCAGCUGACCAAACUGCGGUACAAGGUGGUGAAAGAAGUGUGGGAGAGUACUGAAGGGGGGAAUUCUGACAUGACAGUGCACAGGACUGUACCCUCCAUCAGCAUCCUUCUUUCCAAAGAUCCUCUGGAUCCCCAGGAACCAGGCUAUCAGCCUCCAGAGACUCUCAGUGCAUUGUGGGAGGACAGAGAGGGUGCCGAACCUGCCUCACAGACAACAUGCAAGAGACCUCUUGGACCUUUGCCACACAGCAGUUUCCCUAACUGUAAGAGAGUGUGUUUAGGGGAAGGAGUCUCAGUCCUUCCUCCUCACUGACUGGCUGAACCGGUGUCACAGAGGAGAGAAUUGAAUCAGAGGAGUUCAUUUGCCACUGCACUCCACUCAAGCACAAUGCUGAGACAAUCAGAACAUUCACUCAGACAGAACAGUGCUUUCUCAGAAGAACUGACUACUAGUUUCAGCCUCCAGAGGUCAGUUUGACUGGGACUUAAAAGCUUGCCUCUGUACAUACAGCAUUUACAGGACAUCUUUCUUGGUACGUCUAACAUGGUCUCUCACAUCCACAAAACUAUGAUGAUGUGUGUUACCGUGUUAUGAGAUCUUGGACAGAUUUACAUCCCACUUCACACAGACAAAAAGCCAUGAAUAUCACAGGUUCCAGAUUACUGCAUUGAGUAAACUAUCUACAAUCUGUGGAUAAAAUAAUUUUUUAGCAUCAUGUUACAAUCAUGUCUUUUCCUUUAUGCUUUUAAAUGUAGCUUUUCAAAAUACACAACAUAGAUCCAAGAGCACAAAAUAAAAACAGCUUAAAGCCAUUGACGAUAUAACAAAUGCAAAACAUACACAUUUUAUUUGUCUAUUAUUAACCACCAUGAAAACAAAAUUAAAUAAACAUUUUUUUUCCAAUGGAAUUUUUCUUUUGUAUUUCAUCUUUCUUACGCUCACAACAGUGAAUUUUCGAAGCUCUGAUUGAACAGAAAAUCACAGUGUGCUGAUCUUUUGAUAAGAAUAACGGCAGUGAAAUUUGUCUGUAGAAAAAGCUGAUUUAAUGACAAAGCUGUUGAUAAGGCACAGCUCCUAAACCAACCCAGCCUGAUAGAAAUGCCUAGGGCAGAAAUACAGGGACAGAUUAUCAUUAAGAUAACAAUAUAACAUCACACGACACAGUGGAGAAAAGGAUUAAAACUAGGCUUGACAGAGCUUCACACUAAACUGUUCCUGCAAAAUAUGAAACCAAGGCAACAAGCUACUCUCCUUCCCAAUUCAGCCCAUAGGCCUACAGACCCACCGUAUUUAUUGUAGUCUGCCUCUUCCGCUAUAUUCUUCUAUUAUUCAAGCAAAAUAGUAUGCUGAAAUUUUGGUUUAAAAUGAGCCAAGUUUUCAAAGUAACACUAUACACUUGUAGUUGACAGACAUAACAAAUGAAAUGGCUGCAGACUUCCUCCAGCUGACAUUUUUUAUGCAUUGCCUCCCUGCAUUUUCACACCAUUUAGAUGCCGUUUUAGUUGCAAAAGCGGCACCUCUGAGUAAUUGCUGAAGCUUAACUGGAAGCUGCAGACAUCUAUAGCAAUUGGAUCAAAAUUCAACUGAGCAGAAUGCACGAUGAUAGGGGAAAAGAAAACAUCUGUGAGCGUACGUAUUUUAUGGAUUAAAGUCUUCUUUAAAAAGUUGUGCUAAACAAGACAAACAAAAUAAAGCUUCAUGAGAAACAUUUUAUUCAAAUAGUUAAGAGCCUUUUCCAUUUAAUUAGCCAUAUGAUCGGCGAAUAAUAACUUAGACAAGUGGAACCUUGUCUGAAGCUUAUACUGCUGAUCUUAAUGAAAAUCUGCAAAUGCAAAUGUCGACCUCUGAAAGUAAAUUAAUCAAAGUGACUCCUAACUGCGGAGGUAAUUUUGUAAUAUUUUAAAAUAGAGAAAAUGAAAAAAAGGAGAGUCAACUAUUUCAAAGAAAUACAAAUCCUAAUAUUUUUUAUAGUGAUCAGGUAGCACUUUAACAGUCUAUAACGGACAUAGUGAUUAACCUCCCUCUCGAUCCCAUUAAAUGAAUCAGAGCACAGCAGAGAGCCCAAGGUUGAAUAAGAAAUGCUGCGGCUGCAAUACAGCACAUAUGUAGCAAACUGCGUGUCCUCGAGACUGCUGGAAGGUUAUCACUUCAGGUCGUUGUUAUCACAGAGUUAACAGCUUUCACGCCAAGAGCCUAUGGGACAAUCAGUCUGUGAUUCAGGUCAAAAAGAUAAUGCAACUAUAAGUAAAUUUCAAAUCGACCUGCAUCUGUUAUCAGGUAUUGAGAAUUCUGGGCCAACUGUGAAAUGCAGUGGGGGUAAUUAAGGAUAAUGGCAUAGCGUACCUGAGUAAGAGAACAGAUAAAACUUACUGACAAAAGCAUUAUCCUAGAGCUAAAUUCAAUGUGGCUGGCACGAAAUAGCAUGGUGGAGGAGUCAACAAAGUACAUUAUAAGAAUGUGGACAAGGUUAUUCACAAGCUGAGAGUCUGUUUGCAACUAAUGCUUGUUUUCAAAGAUGCCUUCAAUGUGCAUUUAAAGGAGGCAGAGGCCUAGGCCUAAAAUGUACUAUUUGUAUUUAGUUAACACUGUACUUACACACACAGUAUAUUUAAACUGAAUAGAAACAGAGUAGCUCAGAGAAAAUGGAAAAAGGCUGCUUUCACUACUAGCGAAAUUACACAUACUUUCAAUUUUGUAGUAGAUGAUGGUGAAUAUAUUAAAUACUGUUACAAUCAUAUGAUCAGACGGGUAUUUUCCAGGGGGAAAUCUAUUAAAGACUUGUGAUGUUUCCCCCAAAACUGUGUAUAUAUGUUGGGCAGUUUAAGUGGAUAAUUUUUUUUUUUAAAUAUUAUUUCAAUAUGGCAAUGCAGACAAGACACUAUUUUUACAUAAAAAUACUCAGACAUCUCACCAAAUACUUAUUAAGUUAUAAAAUCUUCAAAGGCAAAGGACAACAUUAUGUGAAGCCUGACUGAUGAUAGUUAGUCUGUUAUGGCGGACACAACAGUAACCUUCUGUUUACCAAAGGCAAUAACUACAUGCACUGAAUGUGAAUAAAUUCAUUUUGAAGUUAACAUAAUGAAAGUGUUGGCACUCU